AUGUCUGUCACUGGAGCACAACUCGCAAGUUUCUGUCAGCUACAAGAUGCUGCAAGAGUCUUAAUGCAGCCACGGACCGCUCGUCGGGUGUCCGAGGUGCCUGGCGUGCAAGUCCCUAAACGGAUCAUACUAUCUGAGCAACAACUUACCAGCGAAUCUGGACUGGAGAUCUUCUCACUAAUCUCAUUUCCAGUCGUGUCAACGUCCCUGGCUGUGCUCGAUCUCUCAUUCAACGAUUUAAGCGAUGACUUCUGGGUGCAACGAGAAAUAGCGUUGCCAGCAUUGACAACAUUGAAUCUGGUCAAUAAUCACUUUUCAGUGCGAGGGCUUGAAGCUAUUGCCACAUUUAUUGCACGAUGUCCUAGUCUCAUAGAGCUCGAUCUAUCGCUAAGUGACCAGAAUUCCUCAUCCGACUGGAUUCAUCCUCUCAUUCGAGCGCUAGACGAGAAAGACCGGGAGAACUUACAAAUACUAGACAUGUCUUGCACGGGUUUCACAGACUCGACCUUUUCGCAGCUAGCUCAAGCCGAUUUCUCCAAGUUUAUUAUCAAACUAUACCUCCGCUCAAAUGCCUUAACUGAUGAAGCGGCCACGACAUUAGGAAAAGUGUUACCACGGAUGAAACUGGAGGUUCUGUCGUUAGCAGGUAAUUUCAUUGGAGACUGUGGUGCCGCCAGUUUAGCGUUCGUGUUAGAUCAUACGCCAGCCCUUCAGACCCUCGACCUCGAAGCUAACCAGAUUGAUCAAGCUGGAAUCACUUCAUUCUUCCACGCGAUUAAUGGGAUGGCAGCUCCUUUUCCGCUACGCUAUCUCCACCUUGGAGGAAACCUGUGCACAUCUGAUGCAUUACUGCAGCGCGUUCACACGAAGCUGCACGAGAAAAUUAUUGAAACUCAACUUACGGCUGGUAUCCCGAGCGCAUCAACCCUCAACUUUAAUGGGACCAAGGUCAAGUGCGAUAUCCUGUUGGAAUGCUGUCUAACCGAUCGAUAUGUCCAUAUAUUGACGCAAACACUUCGAAUGUCGCCGAACUGGCAGCAUCUGGAACAACUAGAUUUAAGUGGAAACGAGAUCGGCGAGAAAGGUGCUUAUGAUGUUGGUUUGCUCCUAGCGUUGCAACCACCACUCAAGGUGCUCAACUUGACCAACAACUUCAUCACAGAUAAAGCGAUCGUUGGUCUAGCAGAGGGUCUGGAGCCGAACGCCAACCUUCAGGAAUUACUUCUCGACCACAACCAGAUCACUGAUGCUGGCGCUAAACAACUGUAUCUGAAGGCAUUUAGGGCAAACCAGCAACGGCGAAUUCGCCUGAGCGUUGGGAACCCGCUUACCUCCGAAUGCAAGACGAUGCUGGCAGCUAUUUCACAAGCACAUGAUCUCCGUAAACGCUUCACUAAAGAGUUUGCUGAUCAAGAAAAGCUUGAUCUGAGUGGGAGAUCAUUGCGCCAGUACGGUGCGGCUGCUAUUGUUGAGGAGCUCACAGCAAGGCCAAGUUCGAAGUGCCGGAUCCUCGAUCUCUCGCGAAACGGACUUGGAGACGAGGGAGCUCACGUUACUGCAACUCUACUGCGUACUUAUCCACACCUCGAACAUCUCGAUCUAAGCUUCAACGAUAUUGGAGAUGAAGGUGCCUUCGAAUUAGCCGACGCACUAGCAGAAAACACCACGUUGCUAUCGUUUUCGCUACAUUCAGUGAUCGAGGGGUCCCAAGCAAAGCCCAAACUACAGGAGAAGGGGCUCUGUAAACUCGCACACGCCAUCCAAAACCAUAAAACCUUGCAGAAACUAGAUCUGAGGAACAACGCCACCUCGCCAGCCGUGGCUCGUGCUUAUGUCGAGAUGCUGCGAUCCAAUCAAGGGAUUCAAAAGCUCGUACUGCUCAUUUUUAACAAGAUGGUGGGCUAUCAUCGUCUUUGGCGUCGAGCGUACAAAUUUUGCGAGAGUUUCCAGGUGGAACUACGUGGACAUUAUUCUGCAGAUCGAAUCAGCAACUUUGAUGAGUACUGCCGCAGGACUUCUGCGCUCUGGGCCUUCCUCAUUUGUGUUGUGUCGCCAUUUCCUUGUCUGCUUGUUGUCACUGCAAUCGACUACGCGCCAUUGGUCCCACCUGAAGACGGUUCGAAAGCUAAUUACAUGUUUUGGGCUCGAGAUUGUCUUUCGAUUGCUCUCAUGACUGCAGCCAUCUUGGAGCAGUUCCGAGUUAGUAUUCCAGAUCUACACAUUAACGCAACUCAAGUCAUUAUGAUGCCGAUUAUCGCAGGCGGCGGCGCUGUUUUAUUCAUGAUGGCUAUGUCAAGCAUCAUCGGCUUCCCCUUACCAUUCGCACUUGUGGUUGGAAUUCCAGUAUGGUUCGUGGUGGUUCUAGUAAGCUUCGUGUGCUGUUUUGGGAGAGUUUUGAGACGAGAACCGGCAGUUUUUAAAGAGUUGAAAAGCAGCAUCGUUGUUCUCGUAUGCCAAGUUUUGCUCACAUUUGUGUAUCCAGCGUACCUGUACGGCUUCAUCCAAGUGCAACCAUCAAACCAAAAGUUUUAUCUUGUGUUAUUGCCUAUUAUCAAGAUCAUAGCGAAAAAUUGGAUCGGUCACUUUUUAGGAACCAAAUACGAUCUGAUGCCGCAGAUUAUGAUCUUCAAUGUGGAUGUCUUCAACGCACUUUACACGUUGUUCAAGCUUGGGUCUCGAUCUCAGACAUCGGACAUCGGACAUCUAAUGAAGUAUAUCCGUCGGCUUCAACGCAAAAUACCUGCUGGACAUCCGUUGGAAUUGGUGAGCUUCAUUGAGAUUGCGCAGCAGAUAAUUAAGGAAGACUCGGAAGCGAAAGCUCACCUUUCACGACAUCGCUACAACUCCGCGCUCACAAUUUUAAAGUACCAGGAUGAAGGCAGUGUUGAUAGUGCUAGUUCUGUCGGUGCUUCAAGUGAUGUACCUGCAAUGCAAAGCAGACGUGUGAUACCAGUAGCAGCAGCGGGCGCACCACUCGUUGUUGCUGCAGCGGAACCGUUUACACCUCUUCAUCAAGAUGAAACAACUCGACGGAAUGGCACUGUGAAAGAUGUUUUCUCUGCAAAAGAGCGUCGGCUGUUCGUGCAGAGGACUGCUCAAGUUCUCUUUACAACGGAGUUCGUGAUUCUCGUCGAGUACACAGAAGUCAUCGUGCCGUUCAUCUUCUGCAUGUACACAAUUGCGAUGUAUCAGCUUCCUAAUCGUGCCUAUUACUCACAAGUUGCAGACCUAGACGAUGCUGGUCUAGGCAGCAAGCUUGGGACUGUUGUUAAGUUUGGCAUGAUCGAGUUGCUGUCACUUUUGGUGUUUGGUUUUAUUAUCCAACGCAAGAUUGGUGUUUCUAUGCUGCAACUGCUCUCGUUUGUACUAGAUCGGAGCUGGAGAAUGGUGCAAGCGAAUCUCUUUCUGUGGAUUUUUUACACUGUGCAGAAUUCGCUUGAGCAUAACGGUGCGGACUUCAGUUGGUCAUUCAGCUGGCUGAAAACAUAGUAAAAAAAAACUAGCA